GCAAAAAGGUCGGGUCGUAGUCGUUCAAUUCUCAAAAACACGAUUUCGCCAAGUAUGAGCGGGGGUAACAGUACCCUUCGUUCAAGAUGGGCAGCGAGGCUUCUCAGGCAGAACAUCUUCCAUGAGCUGACCAACUUCACGAAAGAAAAUAUCCAUGAUCGGCGGAAACAGGAUCGAUUGCCAAAGAAUUCACAAACGGAAUGUCUUCAACUCUCAGCUCCUCAUUUGAGCGGCCUCUUCGAUACAAUUCCCACAGGCCCAUUCGAUCUUCCGAAAGAUAUUGUGCAGGAAUACGACCAAAUACCCUCCAUGAAUACCGAAAAGUCGAAUGUGCAGCACAGAAUUUGUAUCGUCGGUGCUGGAAUCACUGGCCUGUUUAUUGCUAUGAUUCUGGACAGCCUGGAAAUUCCUGGUCUGGAAUACGACAUCCUGGAAGCAUCAGACAGGACGGGAGGAAGGAUCCACUCUCAUUACUUCUCCGAUGCUCCACACGAUUACUAUGAUUGUGGAGCAAUGCGAUAUCCGGAUAUCGACAUGAUGAAGUCGGCUUUCAAGCUUUUCAAGCAGUUGCGUCUUCCGCUGAUCCCGUAUUUCUUCGACCAAACGAGCGGUUCCGUCAAAUGUCCGACCAUGCUCAAUGAUAUAACAUUGAUUGAUGGAGAUCCACGCGGUUCUGAUCCAUUCCGUGUUGGUGAGGCAAACGGAGGUUCCGUCCCUGACUCGAAUGUUGACGACGUGAACAAACUGCUCAAUGGUGUCUAUGAUCCUUUCAAAGGCGCAAUGACGGGAGAUUUCGAAACGGGGUUUAAAAUUCUCAUGGAAUAUGACAGCUAUACCACUCGCGAAAUCCUGCAAAAUCCGCCCGCUGCCAUGGGUGGACUGACAACCUUGAAGCCUCUGGACUUUUUCAGCAUCCAAUGGCUGGAGACUAACAACACGGGCAGCGGCCUGUUUGAUAGGGCAUUUGUGGAGUCAGUCAUGGACUCCUUCGACUUUGCUGGUUAUGGAAAACAGGCUAUAAAGUGGUACUGCAUAGAUGGGGGGUCUUCGCUCCUAACCCAGACCAUGGAGAAGACAAUAAAGCAACCUGUGCAACAUGGGAAACGAGUGAGAGGAUACAGCCAGAGUUCAAAAACCAAAGAAAUCACUGUUUCCGUUGCUGGGGAGCCCGAAGGAAGCCGUCUUCCUUAUACUUCGGUUUUUAAUACGACCAGCUUGCCCUGCUUGCAACGGAUGGAUUUGACCGAUCUCAAUCUACAUCCUAGCCAGAAAGACGCGAUCAGAAGUUUGCGCUACGACGACAGCACAAAGGUGGCCAUGAAGUUCUCUUAUCCAUGGUGGAUAACGAGAUGUGGCAUUACAAGCGGCGGCGAGGCCACCACCGACACACCCCUUCGCAAAUGCGUGUACCCAUCCUACAGUGUUCAUGACCCGCAAGAUCAACCGGCCGUUCUUAUUUGUAGCUACACGUGGUCUCAGGAUGCGACGCGCAUCGGCAGCCUAAUCGCGCGCCAUGACGAAGAGCUUCGUGAGCUAAUACUCGAUUAUCUUGCACGGAUACAUCUAAAGAAUUUCCAACAACAACCCCCUACUUCCUACCAUGGCCUUACUACUCUUGAAGAGGUCCGCCAGGUCAUUAGCGAUGCCUACAUAUCACACCACGCUUGGAGCUGGUCACAGGACCCGUUCACUUCGGGCGCCUUUGCAAUGUUUGGGCCUGGUCAGUUCUCGAACUUGUAUCCUUAUCUUGUACGUCCAGCAGCGGACAGUCGUUUCCACAUCUGUGGAGAGGCGAGCAGUGGGCAUCAUGGGUGGAUCAGUGGUAGCUUGGACAGUGCCCUUGCUAGCGUACACCGGUUUUUGAAAAGAUUUAAUAUGUGGGAGAAACAGCAGGAGUUGAAUGAAUUGUGGGACACACCACCGGAGCUCGAGGACGGCUUCGACGGUACACUACAUCUGCAGGUCGCGUUGGGCAUGGUUUCGACGAACGAUGUGAUUCGGCAUGCUACAAUUGAACCUGCACAUGACCAAGACGGAGCUACGCGUGGCUGUGUUGUUUCAUAG